AUGGAACCUCGAGCGCCAACAACCUCCGAACUGGGGGCGCCGCUUUCACUAUACGGGAAACUGAUUACAGCUAGUCGGGUUUUAUGGCUGCACAAAGAUCGCAAUUGUGAUUUGACAGCCCCUCCACUAAAAAGGUUUUUGUUGUUGUUGCUGAGUCCCAUUCUACGAGUCUUCCCCUACCUUUCUGCUAGUUCAACUGUGACAGAGGGUGAUAUGCAGAGCAUUACUCCAUCAGGUACUGCUCCCGCGGAGACCACGGCGUCGCCCAGCAGCAAAUGGAUAACUCAUUUAAUACCCAGGCUGGCUCAAGCGACACUCACCACUUUCUCAUCAGAAAUCGUGUACGCAGCAAUUUAG